AAUCUGCAAUAUUAUAAUUUAGGGUAAGCUUUUUAUGUGCAAACUAAUGAAACAUUCCUUUUUGAUCACCAAAGGUAGCCCAUGUGUCACCUGAUCUGGCUGUGACCAUGACUUUUUUAGGUAGAAGCAUAGUUGUUGUAGCUAUAUUGUUUUCACUGUUUUCUCGAAAUGUUGUGGUGGUUGCUUCCACUGAGUUACUGGAGUACUAUCCUGGAGAGCGACAGGAUUUGUUGGACCUCAGAGAUACGAUGACUUCUACUGCUAAUUUGCAUAAAAACUGGACAGGGCCCCCUUGUAUCUACAAUUCAAGCAAAUGGGUUGGUGUUUCUUGCUCCAAUGGGCAUGUUGUUGGUCUUGUUCUUGAAGGUAUUCAGCUCACAGGUGUUCUCCCUCCUGCAUUUUUGCAGAACAUAACAUUCCUGAAUAGGCUCAGCUUGAGGAACAAUGUUAUCUCUGGUUCACUUCCGAAUUUGACUAAUCUUGUCAGCUUGGAGAAUGUUUUGUUGUCCGAAAACCGGUUCACAGGCAACAUCCCUGUUCAGUACAUUGGAUUGGGAAGAUUGAGAGAGCUAGAGCUGCAGGAGAAUUAUUUAGUUGGUCAGAUUCCUGCAUUUAAUCAAUCAACCUUGACAGUUUUCAAUGUGUCUUACAAUCAUCUAAAUGGACCAAUUCCUCAAACUGGUGUGCUUCAAAGUUUUCCAGAGAGCUCCUAUGAUAACAAUUCAGCUCUUUGUGGCAGACCUUUGAGGAAUUUUUGUCCAGCUCCUCCUCCUACAAUCAUUACACCACCACCUGCCGCCAGUCCUCCAAUUCCAGCAAGGGGCAAGAAAAAGAGACUCAAAAUAUGGAGUGUUGUUUUCAUUGCAGCUGCUGCAGCCCUGGUUCCUUUCCUGGUCAUCCUUGUUUUCUUGUGUUAUUACAGAAAGAUGCAAGGAAAAGAAACAGCAAAACCUGAGCAAGAAGUGGAGAGGUCUGUGGAGUUACUAGAAAAGAAAAUGCCGAGUUCUUAUAGCUCAGAGGAUCCUGAAAGAACGGUGGAAUUAGAAUUUUUGGAUAGGACCAUACCAAUUUUUGACUUGGAUGAUUUACUAAGGGCAUCAGCCGAAGUUUUGGGCAAAGGGAAGCUAGGCAGCACAUACAAAGCAUCGUUGGAGUCGGGUGCUGUGGUUGCCGUGAAAAGAGUCAAGAACAUGAAUGGUUUGAGCAAGAAGGAAUUUAUCCAGCAGAUGCAGCUGCUAGGAAAGAUAAAACAUGAAAACCUCGUAAAGAUUAUCUCCUUUUACUACUCUAAGGUAGAGAAGCUGAUUAUUUAUGAGUUUGUGCCUGAUGGCAACCUCUUUGAUCUCUUACAUGAGAGCAGAGGAGUUGGGAGAAUUCCUUUGAAUUGGACAAGAAGAUUAGCAAUCAUCAAAGAUAUAGCACUGGGGCUGGCUUUUCUUCACCAAUUUUUACCAUCCCACAAGGUGCCUCAUGCAAAUCUCAAGUCCUCCAAUGUUCUAAUCCACAGAGAUAACCAAACUUACCAUGCCAAGCUCUCAGAUUUUGGAUUCUUACCACUGCUGCCUUCCAGGAAAAAUUCGGAAAAGCUAGCAAUUGGCCAGUCACCUGAAUUCUCCCAGGGCAAGAAGCUGACACACAAAGCUGAUGUUUACUGCUUUGGAAUCAUUUUACUAGAGGUUAUAACUGGGAAAAUUCCUGGGGAAAUGUCACCAAUGAUUGAUGGAACAGCUGAAGAUCUUUCAGACUGGGUUAGAAUGGUAGUGAACAAUGAUUGGUCAACAGAUAUAUUGGAUGUUGAAAUAUUAGCAACCAGAGAAGGGCAUGAAGAAAUGUUGAAGCUCACACAGUUAGCUCUGGAGUGUACAGAUUUGGCACUAGAGAAGAGGCCAAAAAUGAGUGAAGUACUGAGAAGAAUAGAAGAAAUUGAGCCAAAGGUUGAAGAAAAUGACUAAAGUUCGUGAUUUUGCUGUCCAAAUUAAAGGUCAGAAAUUGAGAGAGCUCUUAGCUGACACUAACUGUACUAACUUCAUUUUGUAUUCUUUUAUCAGUUAAUCUAACCAUCCACUCAAUCAGAAGAGGGUCAAUCUUUGUAGCACUGCAAAGAAAAUCCUAGAAUUCUUUCAAGAAACUUGUGAUUCACUGUAAACACUACAUUAAUAGAGUGCAUUUGAACACUAGAAA